GACACAGCUUUUACUCCAAAACACAAUCAACGGUGAAGAUCCCUCACCACACAAUUUUCUUUCCUUGAUAGUUUCUAGGAUCUUUACUUACUCUCUUCUGCUCCUGUUCUUAUCUUAUCCUUCAUUCAACUGUUUUAGCACUCUCUGGAUCCAUCUCUGCAUUGAACCACCAGAUUAAACUGUCGCUCUUCACCCGAAAAAGUUAUGUCGAGGUAUUCACGCACGUAUGACAGUGAUGGUCGGGAUAGUCAGUCGAGUGGCGGGCGUCGAAGCCUGGGAAAUGUACCGCCAAUGAUGACAGGCCGUUCCUUCAGUGCUCCAUCCACUUCAGCUGGCAACCCACCAGGAGAUUCCACGUCUGAUUUUGAAACUGGCGUGAUAGAGAAAGUUAUGGGCCGGUACGGAUUCAUUGCCUGUCAUGAGCGUGACUUGAGGAUUUUCUUCCAUAUGACACAGUUAGUUACUGAUGAAAUUCAUGGUGGAGUAGAGCACUUUAAGCCCGGACUUGAGGUUGAAUUCAAAGUUGAAAACGAUUCCCGGUCAGGCAAACCUGUGGCUUGUCAAAUUCGUGCCAACCCUGCUGGACAACGGCCAGCUGUUGAGCGUGUAUCUAUUUCUGAGCGUCGCUAUGAAGGUGUUGUGGAUUGUCCGGCCAAGCAAAAACAAGCAAGACGAACGCGCUCAUUUCCACAAAAUAGUAGCCGUUCUAGCCAUGAGAUGGGACGGUUGUCAUAUCGUGAUAAUGGGGAAUCAUUUUAUGUUCAGUUUUCGCUAGCGAAUGUAGCUGAUAAGCGCUUUCCACCACAUCAAGAUGACAAAGUGUCCUUUUUCAUCGGUGUUGAAAAGCAAACGAAUCGCCAGGAAGCCUUCAGCGUGUCGGUCAUUGAGCCUGCAUCAGCCAGUGUUGAGACUUCAUCACGCGGCAUUGUCCGUGAUCUUCGAGAUACGUACGGUUUCAUUGAGAGAGCUGAUACGCGCACACGGAUAUUUUUUCACUUCAGUGAGCUGUUGGGGGCUGAUCCACAAGUCGGUGACUGUGUCGAAUUUUCAAUCCGUGAGCAGCAAGAUGGUCGACAAUGUGCCUGUAAAGUGUCUGGCCUGCCUGAAGGCAGUGUGCGCAUGGAGGAUGUUGAAUCUGCUGAACGUGUGGGUACUAUCGAAAUUGGUCUGGACAGCACCAGGAAGGGAGAGGAAACGCAAUUUGGCCGAAUUAAAUGUGUCAUAAACAGCAGAGAGGAAACGCUUGACUUUGCUGAUCGUGAGUUUGAUGGAAACUACACCUUGUCACCUGGUGAUCGGGUCUACUUUCAUCACUCUGUUGGUCGUGGUGGACAGCGCAAGGCUGUCAAGGUGUCUCUACUGGACCUGGCUGCAGACUGUGUGAGAGAAAAGGGUAUAAUCAUCUCAUUGAAGGAAGGAUCGCACUUUGGCUUCAUCCGUUGCUGUCAGCGUGAUGAUCUACGUGUGUUCUUUCACUACAACGAGUGGCUGGAGAACAAGACACGGCCGUCAACUGGAGAUGAGGUGGAAUUCGAGUUUGUUGAGUCCCACGCCCAGAACCAGCGUCGUGCCAUUCGGAUAAAGAAGCUGGCUGCUGGCUCCGUCGAGGUUAUUCACGAGGAAUUCAGCCACGGUGUGAUUCAGACUGCCCCCAGAUUGAACCGUUCGGCGUCCAAAGGAUCAGUGACCAGUGUUACGUUCAGUGACAGCCGAGAGCGUGAGAUGGAACCAGGUUUGAUUCGUGUCAGCAAUACCUCUGACGAGAGCACCAGCAGUGUCAACUACUUUGAACGGGACUGCGUCGACACGAGAACAGUUCCUUAUCCGGGUGAUGAGGUGGUGUUCCGACUAUGCGAGAACAAAUGCACUGGAAAUCUCACUGCCGUCAAGGUUUCAGUUAUCCGUGCCGCUGAAGUGCAAACGGAAAAGGGUGUCGUUGUGGCUCUCAAGUCCAACUUCGGCUUCAUUGAGACUGACGACCAUCGAGAGCAGCUCUACUUCAAGAUAAAGGGUGAUGAGUAUAAGAUCAUGGAUGAAGUAUCGUUUGUCGUCAGCCACCGAGGUGGUAGGACGUUUGCUGAAGACAUCGCAGUUUUGCCGCCAGGAAGCUUGGACCACGAGGUAACACUAGGCUUCACAUUGGAAGGUACCGUCACCAAGCCAGUAAAUGAUGAAAGUGUCGAGGCAUACGCAGGUCUGGUUGAAGUGCCCACAAGCGUCUUGGAGACCCUUGUCGGCAGUCAGACAGAAUCGUGCAGCACUGAAUUGAAGCCGUAUGUUGAUACAUUCAUGGCAGAGGCUACCACAGUACUGGAGGCUAGUUGCCCUCUGACGAUACCCUUCACCACCCUUAGCCUUUCCGACAUCCGAGCCACGCCACAGAAGAGCGAGCAAGUUGUCUUCUCAAUCGCCGUCCGGAAGUCCGACUCGAAAACCUUGCAUGCCACGCUGCUAUCGCAGAAGCGUUCAUUAAUGCGUGGUCGCAUUGACAGCUUGAAAGAUGGGUUUGGCUUUAUCUCUAUGGAUGACAGCUCUCAUCCAGACAAAGAGAGUCUCUUCUUUCAUGAAUCAGAAGUUGUUGAUGAGGAAGGAAGCGAGCCACAACCACUCGAGGUUGGCGACAUGGUGGAGUUCACCGUCACUUACAAUCAGAAGCGUGGCAAGUCACAGGCCUGCAACGUCCACCGACUUUCUGACCAGAGACCUGACCGAUUAUCAAGAAAGAUGGAAGCACCCACUCACCAGGGGCCAAGGGUGAAUGUGAGACGCCAGCCGUGCAAGCCGGACGGAACGUCUGGCUUCAGCAAUAUCCUGAUAGAUCGCACCUGCGGUGAGUACUUUGAGUGGCCAACCGAAGAGGAAAGCAGCAGCCCGCCAGCAGUCGAGGAAGAAUAGACAAUUUGCGAGUAAGUUAUCUGCCUGAGCACACGGAAGAAUUCCCUUCGUCUCACUCAAUCAGCACGCUCUAGGUAUCACGCUAUUAUAAUGGAACUCUUGUGAUCAGCUCUGAUAGACCGGGUCAAUGCCACUCCUUGCUACUGUGCCACCGGCGGCGGCGGCAGCAGCAGCAGUUCACCAAGUGACUCCAUUACUGUUACUUUUUAUUUGGUGAAGCUCAUCAAAAAGAAGACAGACAACUGUUCAUCAACACAUUUGAUCCGACCAUUGCCGUCACACAUCGAUACUCUCCACGAGCCACUGGCCUAUCAUCAGAGCGAUUAACAAACCCACAGUUGCUCCACUUCUACUAUGCCACUGUCAGAUUGUCAAGAUGGUGAUGGUGUAGACUUCACUAACCCCCACCGUACUACCUCUGUACUACCUCGAAGUACUUCACAACAGCCAUGGACAAAACAACAAGAGUUCUUUGUAACGAAGAGAGCUGCACGUGUGAACGGUGCUCUGCUCAAACUUUAAUGUUUUCAUUCCUGUUUUAUCUGCCUCCUCUGUGAUGAUGGCAACUGCAGCAGCGGAGACAUGCUCACGGAUAGCGCCACUGCUUCUGUGCUUUCACUUGCUGAGACUCCUCCUGUUUUAUUUUGGGUGUGCUGCGCUCGUGCGUGCCUCUCAGAUGUGGGUCAGCAAUCAAAGUGGUCCCUACCUCAGUCGUCUGCAGGUACUGUACUUAUUCUUGUCCUUGUUCUUCCUGACGGCGUUGACUGGCGUCUGUAGUGACUGUCGCAGUGCCAGCUGGUUUCCCUUUCUUUUCAUCUACUCGUUUUCAACUUGGACUCUGCUUGUUUGACAGUUGUGCAGGUGUCAAGCAUGUGACACAUACAUGUAUGCAUAGCGAUCGUGCUUCCCAGCUGUUCUUGUAUCUUUUCUUCUGUUUUUCCAUCUCUUUGUUGUUAGUUGCCUCUCCACCCAUCCUCUCUUUCUCUUCUUCCCUGGAUUUUUGUUUUCAUUCGAACCCCUAACCCAAGUCCAAUAAGUUCUCGUUCAAUCGAACCUCUAGAGAUGUUUUGGCUUUAAAAGACAUUCCCUUUCAUUUCCUUUUUUGCAUUUUUUGGCUAGACCAACUCGGUCGUGGCUCUAGCUUUAUAAGAAGACCCACCCCAGUGCAUGUAAUGCCAUGCGUCAUCAUAGUUCAUAUAAGAAUGUUGAUGUAAUUUUGACAUGUUGUUCCUAUGCCGGUAAGCACGCGACAUCCUGCUCUGUGCUCUCAUUAUGUCUUGUGUUCUCUUCUCGUGAGUAGCAAUACCAUUGAAGUAUUUGACCUUUGCUAUGCCGUGCCCGUCUCUUCAGCUUCUUGUCAUCCUUUGCUUUUCAUGCGCAAUUAAAUCUCAACUUCCGAACGUGU